AUGGCUAUCUCCAGGCCCCAUCAGCCUUCCGGCCGCCUUCAUAAGCGCGGCAGCUCGGCCUCUUCCAUUACGAGUCCCUCCAUGCUCAGCCCUCUUUCCGACAACCAGGCCUUUGUUUUUAACCGUUCCGAGACCCCAAAGGUUACCUACGAAGAACCCUGGAAUGAAGUCAAGCGACCCUUGCCCAUGACCCAUACAUCCUCAUCACAUCAGCUUAAGAUUAAGCCCUACCUGCGCAAAUUCUCGUCAAAGGAUACCAAUGCGCUCGACCUCUCCAGGCCCGCCGCGGAGAACGAGGGCCUCGCUGGCCUGGGUAUAUCCGACUAUAGCAACAACAGCACCAUCGAUGGAUACUCACGCUCUGUCGCCGAUGUCAAUUUCACCUCUGUGAAUCCUCGCAACCGCCAUGCCCGAACCACGUCGAAUACCUCCCAGUUCUCCACAUCCUCCAGCCUACACCGUCCGGCCGCCCCCUAUAUGCCACCCAUCCGCCAGACCCCUCGACCCUACACACCACCAAUCUCCAACUCGACACCCGCAUCCCUCUUCGAUAGGAACGAGAGCGAGGCCUACGACGUCAUGUCUGACGAGGAAGUUCGCCUGAAGCAAAACACAGUCGACCCCGCCCGACGAUCGGGUUCGCUAUCUUCCAGUGCUCCAGGCAUCACCCCGGCCCUUCGCAUCCACACCAACAGCUCUACCACCCGUCUCGGAGGAAGCUACUCUCCGUCGUCCGUCUCCCUCACCUCUCCCAUCGCGCAGUCACGAUCCCGUGGCGAUACGCUCAAUUCUCUAGAGAAGGCCACUUCUCCCAGCUCGCGAACCUCGUUCGAUAAAGCCUUUGGAUUCAUUCGCAAUGGACGGGAAUCCCCUGUCGAUCCCGCCUCGCGUGCGGCUUCCAUUCAGGCUGCACGAGCCGCUUUCCAAGAGAAGGAGCAGGCAAAGGAGUUGAAGCACAACCGGGAUGUUAUGAAGCAGGUGGAGCGGGAUACGAAGAAGCAGAUCAGAAAGGAGGAACGCCAGCGACGGAAGUCGGAUGCCCGGGAGAGCAAGGAACAUCAGCGCAAACGAAGCACUUCCGACCAGAACGAGAGAUCUUCCAGGCCCUCAAUCGGCGGGCGCCCUUCCAUUGGGGGUAGGCAAUAUUCAGAUCACCGGCAGGCGCAUACCCUUUCUCUCCCGGCCUACGUUCCAGCCGUCGAUAACGAGAAAUUCGCUACACCCCAGCACUACUCUGCGACCGUGACCAAGUCUAAGGCCGCGAAGGGGCGCUGGCAGAAAUUCAUCGCCUGGUUCCGAACCAGGAUCUUGAGAAUGUCCUCGGGUUUGCAAAAGCCCUGA